AUGAGCGAACUGGAUCUCAGAUUAUCUGCAGCUACCGCCCAGGACACAGGUUCUUUUAGGCUUAUGGAGCUUCCUCCAGAGUUGUGCCAAAUGAUUGAAUCUGCCUCUGAAAAACGUCCUAGGCGAACUGUAACACCCAGCCUCUUCAUCAAAGGGCACCCAACUGAGGACGCGGUACUAUGUACAUCAGAAAAGACAUAUGCCAUCCGCUCUGUUGUGCUGUCCAACACUGUGUUGGUCGUGACACCCUCCAGAUCAGAUCCAGAUGGGACCGUGCACAUCCGGGACCAAUUGCACGAAAUAUUGGAGCUAGUGCCUGUAGUACCGAAGCUGCACAAACUUUCGAUCCUGCUGAGGGAUAUGGAAUAUGAUGAAGGAGAUGAGGACAGGCAGGCAACCAUGCCAAAAUAUAGCUAUGAGCAGGCUCGUAGCGAAAUACAGGCUAGCGAAGCUGAGUUUUGCCGUGGUCUGAAAGAGAGACGCAUCCUCGUGCUCGAAGGGCAGCUACGGCCUAUAGCCCCGGCGCAUCUUAGCACCAUUCUCGAACUCCUGUUGAAUUAUUUGGUAUCCCUGUCCCUCCCACACCAAGCUGCAGCGGUCGAGGAAUUGGUGUCUGUACUUGCUGAUGAACAUGAAAUACCUCGCGCAGUAUCGAACCAAGUCAUCUCCUGGUUUGGGGACGUAAAGGAAGGCCUGUGGAAAAUGGACGCAGACAUGGUGAUCAGAGAGCUUGGAGUAGGAAUUCUCCGCCACCAUAAGCACAACCCUAUCUUUGAGCACGAAUUCCUCAAGAAAUGGAAAAACGUAGUAGGGGACACUCUCGAGUCUUCCGUGAAGCUGUCCCUUCUUUCGGGAAACUACCUUCGAAAUCUGUCCUCAAUUGGGGAAGAAGCGACGUUGACCUAUUACCCAUCCUCCGCAUUGCCGGUCGAUCCAGCCGCACGAUUCGUUGAACUAUUUCUGACUCGCCAACGAUGGAAAAACGAGGAGAUCGAGCACUUCCUACUUGACAUUGCCGUCAACUCCAAGGAACGAGAUAAACUACUCCUCAAGCAUGCUAGAGCACUGACAGACGCCGAGGGGGUAUGGUACACUGCGCGAGUAAGUUACAACAGCUGAAAUUCACAAGAGCAUAUCCACCGGGUACACUAUUAUAGUAUUUACUGUGAGUCUCUGUAUAGCUAAAGUAUCUCCUCUAUAAAUCACAAGACCACGGAGGCGAUCACUUCCUGCCCGAUGAGCGCGUUUUCGCCUUUGAACCUAGACUCUUGAUUGGCGAAGGACGAUAGUCUUCAUCGGCAUCCGAACCUUUCCUCUUCCGCUUCGUGCCCGUGGAGGUGGACGCAAUCGCCAACAGUGGAGCGUCCACGUCCAGCACUCUCACCCCAGACGGACCAGUAAUACUAUCAACGUAACUCCACAAGGCCUUUCCCACAAGACCAUUAUUACGAACGUCGCGGAACUGUUCUCGUAUCCGUAAACGCAUAUGUAGGAUGGCAUUCGCUCUUUCUCGAAGUGUGCAAUUUUUAAGGACGAAGAGAACGACCC